AAACUCACUUUCUCUUAUACCAUAGUAAUUAUCCUUAAAUUUUAAGAACAUCAAGCAAUGGAGUUUUAUAAGUUGUUUGGUUUUGUGGGAAUUCUAAAGGAAUCCAUUCAACCUAUUCCAAAAAAUGGAAAAAUCCUGGGAUUAAUAACCAUGAUUUAUCUUCUUUUCACUUCAAUCUUCUUCUUGAUAUUCAAAUCCAUGUCUGAUUCCUUGUUAAGAGACAUGUUUAUUAAGGAAUCCCUCAUUCCUAUUUCUAGUGCAAAUGGUUCUACAAUUGCUUCUCUACUUUCUAGUAUUAAACAAAAUACUAAACUUGUUUUGGCCAUUGACUUUUCAUUCAUUUUUUUCCAAUUUUUUUAUCUCAUUCUUCUCCACUAACGCAAUAAUCUUGAUUUUUGCUGCCUCGUACUUUUCUGAAACCUUAUCUGUCAAGGAUUUAGGUAUCAAGAUUUUAAGAUCAUGCAUAAGGCUAUUUUUUACAAUGUUUUACACCACAAUUCUUGUUAUUGGAUAUUUUUUCUUUUGUUUAUCCAUGUCAACUCCUUUAUUUUAUUCCAUGAAUGAUUUCUUAAAAGUUGUUGCGUUUGCAAUAUUGUCCUAUAUUAUUUAUCUCUAUAUAUCGAUAGUUUGGGUACUAGCCUUAGUCGUUUCAGCUGUUGAAGAAGGUUGUUAUGGAAUUAUGGCUCUUGGAAAAGCUGGAAAAAUUAUUAAGGGCAAUGAGAUGAAAGGGUUUAUUUUAAAUAUUUUGUUCAAUUUAUUGGCUUUAAUGAUUUUUCAGGGUACUCAGAUUGUUCACAACAUGAUUAUCAUGUUGAUUCUAGUGAAUGUUUGUUGUUUGUGGAAGGUGUUCCAACUAGUAGCUUAUACAGUUCUAUAUAUUGAUUGCAAGAAGAACCAAGGGGAUGAGAUCAUUGAAUUUCAAGGAAGUAUUGACUAUAGCAAAAUCUCCAAUUUGCCAUUAAUAAUUGAUGGUACACCAUAUAAAGUUUAAGUUAUAUAUACCGUCAGUAUAUAAGGAUAUUUUGUACUAUUAUAAUACCUAUAUUAUCUUUACUUGUUAUAGCGGAUAACUUUCUUAUUUUCAAGAUUGUAUAUCUCACAUUAUAAGAAGAUUUACAUGUAAAUAUUAUUUGAGUGACCUGAUAGUAUAAAAAUAAAUUACACUAGCGAUGUAUAUACUAUUUAAACUCCACAAGAUAUUUAAUAAUUGAUGGUACACAAGAAAUUAGUGUUUAAGAUGCAUAUUUUCCCGGCCAUUCUUGAUAAAAUGUAUCUUCUUUUGUUUUUUUAAUGUCAGUUGUUUAUAGUA